AUGAUGUCGGCAGCGGCGGCAGCCUGGCUCCUCACCUGUGCUUGCCUGGCGGCGGCCUCGCGUCCGCAGACGUUCGUCGGCCUCGAACGUGAACGCCACGAGGUGGACGCCGUGGGGGAGGAGGGCCUGAUCGAGUCUUCAUCACAGAGCAGAGCUCUCACUCGCGGCGGCAAGUACCUCCACCCUGGCUGCCCAUCCGACGCCUUCGCGCCGACCGGCCCUACCGACGCGGUGUGCGGCUGCAUGUGCUUCAACACGGCGGACACCAAAGCCAGGGUGGACGGCGGCGCGCCGCAGUGCCUGACCUGCGAGGAGGGCACCCUUGUGGCGUGGGAGGACGUGCCGCUCAUCGAGUGGGACGGAGGCGACUGCGGCUGCACGAUCCGGCGCCCCGUGCGCUGCAUCGACCAGGCCGCGAACGCCGCGUACAGCUUCCGCGGCCGCGUCGUGGCAGGGUCGCUCAGCGAGCGGAAGGAUGGGGGAGUACCUCGUGUGCUCCUGGGAGGAGGAGAGGCCCGUGGGGCCGGGGCUCGUGCAGGAGGCCGGCUGGGACGUGGCGUGCGUGCGGAAGGUGACAUCCCGCCUCACGCUCUGACGUGCGGGCCUAAGAAUCAGGCGUGGCAGGGGGCGUUGGUCGACUGGUUCGUCUCGGUCGACAGCGCAGGCAGCGGCGCGCCCUACCCCGUGUGCUACACGAUGGCCGCAGUCAUACUCGCGCGUCUGGGCGCCGUUGGCACGGGCGCCGACGACAUCGAACACAAAACUCGAAAGGGUCAGAUUGCGCAGGAGGUCAGCUUCAUGAACAGCUACGACCGCAGCCGGCUGGUCAAGCUCGCGGAUUUCAUCGCCUUGCGCAUCAAGCAGUUCGACUCGGCCUGCCGCAUAGGCUUCGACCGCGGCAUGCCGGACGACGGUCGAGCGAUGCAGGAGCAGAUGAAGGACAACAUGCUCAAGCACUCUAACGGCACCAUUGAGGUUGCCUUCCCAGAGGCCACGAUGAGAGGUGUGCCGAGUGGAAGGGUCAACUGUCAGGACGCGUGCUGCCCAUUCUUCGUGAAGGGUGGGUUGAAUGGCGAGGCCGCCCUCAAGGACGUCGCGAACGUUUGCGCUUCAUACUGCACGUCGCACGGGCGAAAGACUGGCAUGUGCGUAGAGGAGUAUGAUGUGUGA